AUUUCGAAUGUCACUGUACCGCGACGAGUCAAGACGUCAAUCAACUCAAUUUCCUCAAUAAAUUACAAACAAAAUAAUUGAAGAUGUCGGUGGUUAAACUAAAAGAUAAUAAACCGGAGCCCACACCUUACAGUGAGGCUGCCCUGAGGAAUAAUGCUGUGGUUGUCGAAUAUUGUCGGACCUCUAUGGCUGCUUUAUCUGGAUCCACCGCAGGUGUGCUCGGCCUAACAGGCCUCUACGGGUUCAUAUUCUACGUGUUCGCAGUGGUUAGCCUCUGGGUAAUGUUCAUGGUUAAGACUGGACCGAACUGGAGCAAGUACUAUGUAUCACGACAGACUCUUUUGACUAAUGGCUUCUUUGGUGCUCUAUUCACUUAUGUAUUAUUCUGGACAUUUAUAUAUGGAAUGGUUCAUGUUUAUUAAUGUAAUUCUAAUAUUUCUAAGUGUAUUUAUAUUGUAUAAUUUUAGAGGGGUAAAUCAAUGUAUGAUUUAAAAAGAUUUACUUGAUUAUCAUGUCUAUGGUGAAGCUGUUUGUUUUAUUGGACUUAAAUACAGAAUAAAGUUACACCCUACAA